AUGUCUCUUGCGAGCCGCGAUGAGGCCAGAAACAGGCUGCGGCCGUUUGGAAUUGUUUUUGAAAAGAACCUCGAGGCACUGAUUCGUGGAAUCCGUGCGGCCAAGGAUGCCACCUCGCGUGAAAAAUUCCUCAAUGACUCGCUUGCUGAGUGUCGCGUGGAGGCUGCUUCUCCGGAUAUGGAGGUCAAGACCCAAGCAGUGCUUAAGCUCGCAUAUCUUGAAAUGUACGGAUACGACAUGUCUUGGGCAUCUUUUCAUGUUCUUGAGGUCAUGUCUUCUUCCAGAUUUCAACAGAAGCGCAUUGGCUAUUUGGCCGCCACCCAGAGUUUCCGCGACGAUACAGACGUUCUCAUGCUCACUACAAACCUGCUUAAAAAGGACCUAAACUCCGUUCAUCAUCUUGAGAUUGCCGUAGCACUUGGUGGAGCUGCUUCUAUUGUUACUCCAUCUCUUGCACAGGACCUUUCCGAUGACAUUAUUAAAAUGCUCAAUCACUCCAAGCCAUAUAUCCGCAAAAAGGCCAUUCUUGCCAUGUACCGUGUCUUCCUCCAAUACCCCGAGGCUCUCCGAGCAUCAUUUUCUCGACUUAAAGACAAGCUUUCGGACCCAGACCCAUCGGUUGUCUCUGCCACCGUUAAUGUUAUUUGCGAAUUGGCUAAAACAAACUCCAAAAAUUACCUUGUUCUGGCACCACCGCUCUACGAACUCCUCACAACAUCCAGCAAUAAUUGGAUGCUUAUCAAAAUUCUCAAACUUUUCUCGUCACUAGCUCCGCAGGAACCCCGCCUUAAGGCCAAGCUCAUACCGCCCAUUCUCGACCUUAUCAAUAAAACUUCGGCUACGUCAUUACUCUAUGAGUGCAUUAAUUGCAUUGUGUCUGGUGGUAUGCUUGAUGCUGAUGACUACGAUAUUGCCAACACAUGUGUGGAAAAGCUGCGCAUUUUCCUCGAAACUUCUGACCAGAAUCUCAAAUUUGUUGCGCUGCUGGCCCUCAGCAAAAUUAUCAAAAUUCACCCUCAGUUUGUCUUUUCCAACGAAGAUACCAUUCUCUCUUGUGUAGAUGACCCGGACAUUACUAUUCGUCAACGUGCUCUCGAUAUGGUCUCUGGCGUUGUCAAUGAAGAUAAUAUUUCCGAGAUUGUCUACAAGCUAAAGUCGCAGCUUACUCCGGGCAUGUCAUCGAUUGGUCUUGGUAAAGAUCAUGCCACCAUGCUCAGAGACUCUGGGCGCGGCGAUAUUAGCAUCCCUAAAUCCUAUCGUAUUCUUGUCAUCCGCAAGAUUAUCGAAAUCUGCAAAAAGGACAUGUACAAAUACCUUCCAGAGUUUGAAUGGUAUGUUUCCAUUCUUGUUGAGCUAUUACAGCUUGCUGAUGGUGCAGACGAAGUAGCUGAGGAAAUUGGACAGCAACUGCGUGACAUUGCUGUGCGUGUUGUUGAAGUUCGCGACACAGUUGUUGCAGCCUCUGUCAACAUUGCCAGUCGGCAGUACGCUUAUUCUAAGAUGCCCUCUGCUCUUCCUUCAGUUCUUUGGGUUGUCGGCGAAUACUCGGACUUUCUCCAUUCUCCUGUGGAGACAAUCUACACAAUUUCGCAGUUCUUGCAAUCCCUAUCAUCUAGCAUUACUGGCGUUUUUGAUGACGCAACAAACAUUACUGUUUCUGUGAUUUCCAUUGGAAUCCAGGCUUUGGCCAAGAUUUUUGCUCACUACGUCAGCAUGCCUGUUGGAUGGACACAGAAUCGCUCCAUGGUCAUUGAGACAUGCACAAGCCGACUUGUCAAGUUUUUUGAGCUUUACUCCAAUAGUCUUAACUUUGAAAUUCAAGAACGUGCCACUGAAUUCCUUGAGCUGUUUAAGCUGGUCCAGCAAGCUCUUGAUGAGCAUCCCAAGGAUGCAUUGGAAGCUCCAGGCCUUUUGACAAUUGCUCUUCCAUCUCUCUUCAACCUGCAUGAAAUCAAUCCUGUUGCUCCAGGAUCUCAGCUUCACAUUCCUGUCCCUGUUGAUCUUGACUUGGAUACAGAGAUUUAUCCCUCGUAUAUUACGACCGACGACUCUGAACUCUUUGAGGAAGAGGACUGGGACGUUUUGGGAGGUGGCGGAAACAUCCAGUCACUACCUGUUGGCCUUGAGUCCAGUGAAAAUGAGUGGAAGAGCUCUGUGGCGAAAAUCAUCUUGUCGAACGAGAAUGAAAACGCUGAGGAAGCUCAACGCCGCAAGCUUGAACGUCUUGAGCGCCUUCGCGAUGAUCCAUUUUACAUUUCUACGAACAAUACCCCGCAUGACUCACGGUCCAUCACUCCAGAUUUCUCUGCACCAAAAGCUACUUCUCCAGAUAAUUUACUUGAUUUAGACUCAAUACCUGUCUCACGUUUAGAGAUUACACCUGGAGGUAUUACACCACGCCGCAAGCCUAAGACCAAGGUAUCUAUUCUUCAAGAUGAAUUUAUUCCAGGAACACCUGGAUCAGAUGCAGAAUCCAUUAAUACGGGCCGUCGGGGAUCAACUUCAUCUGGAACCAGUGCUAUUGGUGCUAAGGACAAGUCAGUGAAGAAGUUCCAAUCGGCAUUCCGGUUGAAUGCAAGUGGACUGGAAAGCUUCGAUCUAAAUGCACCGGAGCCCGUUGACACUGCUAUUGAAGAGGAAGUGCAGAAACUUCGUGAGAAGCUUGCCAAGGCAGAGGAAGUGCCUAAGAAAAAGAAGAAGAAACGAGUAGAAGGCGAGACCAAGAAAAAGAAGAGCAAGAGAACUGUUGUUGAAGCCGAGCCUACCGUGGAAUCAGACAAUAUUAAUACUGUCAUUGCAACAGAGGUGGAACCUGCGGGCGAGCCAGCUGCUGAGGGGCCGACGGAGACACCGGUGGUUAAGGUUGUUGCAAAGAAAAAGAAAAAGAGCACUAAGACACGCAAAGCAACGAUUGAAUAA